AUGACUGAACACGUUAUGGUUUUUAUUAGAAGGGGAGGUGACUAUAACGGGACGACUAUCUGCAGGAUUGGAAUUUUUCAUCCUGUACAAGUUUAUCUUGCUUUCCAAAAAGAAACACCAAGCCCGCAUGUUCGGCUAAAUAACGGUCUUAAUGAUCAUGAAGAGAAUUAG